AUGAUGACAUCUCAUCCGGCCAAAGGUGCUGGCCCCGGCCAGCAAUCGACCCUGCCCCUCAUUCCCGACGACCUCAAAGCCGCCUCACAACACAAUCUCACCUCCCCAGCGGAGUGGCGAGCUACCAGAACAGCGCAAUCGACUCCGAUGCACAGUCGUGAGUCCUCCGCCGUUCGGGGUAGAGCGGCCGACCCCUCCACAUUAGCGCCCACAAUCCAAACUCGUCGCGGUCAUUCCGGCUCCAAGAGUCCCGAUGUUUCGACCGGUCGCCCUGCAGGAUAUGACGUGGGAUUGGAAAGACGACCGUCGAACUCGUACGGCCAUCACCGACAGACCUCCAUCGUCCAUGGCAUGCAACACUCGCGCAACCCCAGCAUGGCUGGCUCGACUGCAUCCGCUAGUCCCCUCAGCCCCGAGCUGAUCGCCUCUCUUGGCCGUGGCUCUUCUUUCGACGAACCUGGUCCGACGAAGCUCGACCAGCUCGACGCGCAUCCCAACUUCCCAAGCCCAGCGGGUGCCCCUGCAAGCCAUGGCCAUCCGGUCCCCUUAAGCACAAUUCAGGACAACGAUAUAGGCGACGUGAUGAAUGGCAGCCCCGUGAGCUUUGUUGGUCAAGCAGACAGCAAGAUCAACCAGGCGAUCCUAAAAUUAGGGGAGUCCGAGGCCCCCGUGGAGGAAGUUUGCGGACCAGGCGCCGAUUCGGAUUUCGAUCAAUUGAUAUCAGCACUGGGCCACAUCGCGCGCCAGAAGCCAAAACCACUAAUUGAUACUAUAAUGCUCUGGAGAAAGGCCAAGGGAGACGCUGCAAUCACUGCGAGGCAGAUGACGAAUGAGCCGGUAUGUGAGGGCCCGCCGACAAGCAGAAAGGUAUACGCUAACUGUACCCAGCCCAAGCCAAUUGUCACAGAGAAUGGAGUGCUCAUGCGUCGCAACACGGAACCCACCCAAACACCCACAGAGUCAGGUGCGCCGGCAGACCGUUCUCCGCAAACGCCAUUCAUUUCUCGCCAUGACGACGUCGUUUUGGUCGAACGCCGAGCAACAGUGUCAGUCUACCUGGUAUGCAGAGUCCUGAUCGAAAUCUUCAACCAGAGUAGUCUGGCAUCAAUUACACUCGACAUGGCAGAUCGUCUCGAAGAUAUAGUUUUCGGCCAAAUAAAAACCGUCGAUCCGGAGCAAAUCUCGGCUUCACCUCUCCGCAUGGCUAACUGGAGGAUAUAUGGCCAAUUGCUAGGAAUAAUGAGUGAAGCAAACUUCACUAGCGUGGCCAACCGCUUCUUGGCCGAGCUCGAAAAACUCCAAAAAGAUGAAGCAGCCCGUGGCCCAACACGAGACGGUGAUGCGAAAGCGGAACUACUUAUCCUCGGUAUGAGGUACCUGCGCCUCCCGAUGAAUCCUGAUAACUGGAGCAAGUCAUGCGACUUUAUGCGAUCCUUAGCACGUCUAUUUGUCAACGCACACGGACAAAGGAUCAAGCAAGCUUAUUGCUACGUGAUCGAGAAGCUCUUACUCCCCGUGGCUGCGAAUCCUACAGUUGACCUCUCGAUCCCCCGAUGGAAGGAGUUUCUGGAUCUGGUCCAACCGCGGCUGGCACAACUUCUUACCAAACCUCGUCAUUGGGCUUCCUCAUACUCUUUGAAUGUUCUCUUGCUAUGCAUCUCGAGCAAGGAGACCUUCUCCGCACAGUGGCUGUCGAUGGUAACGAGCCUACCGCCGCGACUAAAAGAUCGUCCUACCCGAGCUCCAGCCCUUCAGGCAAUCUGUCGUCUCGUUUGGACCUACUUCUUUCGCUAUUCCGAUUCCCCGACGGUCACCCUUCGCAAGCUAGAGGAAGUGACCAAGAUUGCCUUGCCCACUGGACGCCGGACCUAUCUCAGCGCAGAACCCACCUUUGCGGAUCCCUUGAUUCAGCUGAUCAGAAUGAUCGGUUUCAAGCACCCGGACGUCUGCUUCAGGACCAUUAUAUUUCCCUUGAUCAACAGUGACCUGUUCUUGUCUCCUAGAGAAGUCAAGAUUGAACAGAUGGAGCCAGAGAAGAUGGUCAUUGGUAUCCGCUCUUUCCUGGCGACUAUGUCAGAUCUCGAAACCAGCGAUCAGCUCUGCCCUCCUUUCCCCACUGGAUCCCUUCCAAAUCCAUUCCUGGAUUCUUCUACUCCCAUUUACUUCCAUCGCCCACAAUUGCUAGCAGAGCCUAAGGUGGGCUCAUCAGCUCAAAAGCCUGAGCCAUCAUGGAGUCCCGUCAAUAUAUCGAGGCUGAGUGCCAAUGUAAAGGAGUAUUACCUCCGUUUCUGUGAAGUGCUCGGCAAGAUCACCAUUCUCUGUGACAAUACCUUUGGCGGCCAGGCAGUGUUAGAUGAGAAGUUUGGUGGCACUACGCCCAAAACUCCACUGACCGAAGCAUUCGGGUUCGGACGUCGCGAUGACCAUGUGAACACGACCGAUCAAAAGCAAGGCUUUUAUGAUCUUCUACACGUUGCAGUGCAAGCUUUACCUCGUUGUCUUUCAGACCAUAUUCCAUUCAACUCAUUGAUCAAUCUGUUAUGCACAGGGACUGCACAUGUUCAAUCAAAUAUUGCAAAGUCAUCAGCGGAGUCGUUGAAAUCGAUUGCCCGGCAAUCUCACGCGCAACAAGUUACUAUUGGCUUCGCGAGAUUUAUUUUUAACUUCGAUGCACGUUAUUCGACCAUGUCCGAUGAAGGGAUGCUUGGCCCUGGGCAUAUUGAGUCAACGCUGCGACUUUACGUUGAGCUUUUAAGUAUUUGGAUCGACGAGAUCAAGCAAAAGACCAAAGAAGCCGCGUCAGACCAACUUGAAAAAUCCGUCUCUGGAAGCCGAGCGCUUCAUCUCGAUCUUUCGAGUGUUCUUGCACAUGUGGAAGAGAUUGAAUCACAUGGUCUCUUCUUUUUGUGCUCGCAAUCGCGUAGAGUUCGCGCGUUUGCCAUUAAUGUUCUACGCCUGAUCACUGAAUUCGAUAGUGCCCUGGGCAAAGAAAACACAAGAAUCAUCAGAAUAUUGGAGGCUGAUUCUCAGCAAAUCCUGGAUGUAAAUGACGAGCAGCUGACAGUUGCGGAGAGGAGUCGCAUUCAAAAAGGCAAACGAAGAAGCGCGUCGCAGAAUACCCUCAUCGAGCUUUGCAGCAGCGAAGUGUCAUACGACUCCACGUUGUGGGCUAAAGUGUUCCCGAAUAUCAUCCGGGUCAGCUUCGAAACCUGUCCCUUCGCUGUCACAUUAGGCAGAGAGAUUGUCUGUGCGCGUCUGGUUCAGAUGCACAAGAUGAUCUCGUCACUGGCUGAGCGGUCAAGACCACCCCAAUACUCACCCGUGGAUGUCUACCAAAGUCGGCCGCUGGGGCGGAGUAAUAUGACAGCAGAGAUCCUGGUCGAGCAAUGGAGACUGUACCUAGUUAUGGCCUGUACGACCGUAACCAGCGUCGGUGCCCAGUCUCAAAGUCAGCUAGCAAACGCUCAGCAUACACGGAAGGCCUCGAAGGGAGCAUCAUCUUCGGAUAAGAUAAGUUCUGCCCGGAGUCUUUUCGCCUUCGUCAUUCCUCUCCUUUCUGCCGAGCGAGAUUCCAUCCGCAACGCCAUAGUUAUAGCACUCGGUGCCAUUCACAAGAAUCUUUACCGGACCUUGUUGGAGUCUCUGCAGUAUGCGGUGACUACUUGCAAUGAAGAGGCCAAGAUCCGAAUUGGCUUUCACCACCGCACACCGAGUAGCCCUCCUCGGGACCGAAAGACGGAUCGACUGCGCACCGAAGUGACGCAUGUGUACAAGCUGACCUCGCAUUUUCUGCGAGAGCCAGAGGUAUACAACGAGGACUGGAUUGUUAACAACCUGAUCACUUAUUCCAAAGAUAUUCGUAUCUUCCUGAGCGAUGCAGAAGUUCAGAAUGACUGGGAGUUCCAGCGCUUGCGUUUCCACUACUGUGGCCUGAUGGAGGAGCUCUUUGAAGGCGUGAACCGCACCAAGGACCCCUCACGGUGGAUUCCGUUUGAGUCCCGCAAGUCGGCCUUUUCGCUCAUGGAGGAUUGGUGUGGGUACUCACCUAACCAGAAUCACAUCAAUGAGCGGGAAGAGCAUAUGCGGAAGUUUGCUGUCGCCCAACCGCACGAGGGCGGCGAAAUGAGAAACGUUGCUGCUGCCAUGGAGAUCGAAAAGAAGAAUCUCAGGGCUGCAGCAUUGAGUGCAAUGGCUUCCCUUUGUGCAGGCCCCAUCAGCAUCACCACAGAAAGCGGAUCCGUGCUUCAGUUCGAUGUUGCCCGAAUGUUAUCAUGGAUCGAUAUAAUAUUUGGUACACUGAGCGACAAGUGGCACUCAAUUGGUCGCCGUGCCCUCAAAAACCUCAUAAUCCACAACAAGGAGCAUUCAUAUCUCAUGGAGCGAUCGGUUGAGAUGUGUUAUGUCUCCGAGAGACCUAAAGCUCUUGAGAGCUACUUCGAAGUGGUGACCGAGGUGCUCAUUGAGCACCCAGACUAUCCGCUAAGGUUCUGGAGAAUUUUGGGUGCCGUUUUGGUUACUCUUGGAAAUGAGAAGCGCGAGAUUCGCAUGAAGUCUGCCAAGCUUCUUCGUAGGCUCGAGGAGCGGCAGCAGAAGAGCUCCCGUAUCCAAGACUUUGACAUCAGUAUCUCGGACAAGACAACGGCCGUGUAUAAACUCGCUCAAUUCGAGACUUCUAAGCGACUGGCCACUUUGCAUGGAGAUCUCGCAUUUACUUUGUUUUCGGAAUUUGCUCUGCACUUCCGCAACCUUCGGCCAGAUAGUCAGCGCAAUAUGGUUGCCGCGAUCCUCCCGUGGGUUCAAACCAUGGAGUUGCAGCUUGAUCCAAAUGGCGGCCCAACUGCCCGAUCUUACAUGCUCCUUGCAAAUCUCUUUGAAAUUACUAUACGCUGCAGCACUAUCCUCCCAAACCAGGUUCAAGCAUUAUGGCAAGCGUUGGCCACAGGCCCGCAUGGAGGUAAUGUCCAGCUGGUCCUGGACUUUAUCAUCAGCCUCUGUCUCGAACGCAAAGAACAGAACUUUGUGGAAUAUGCUAAGCAAAUUGUUGUCUUUUUGGCUGGAACCCCAGCGGGUUCAAAAGUGGUUGAGUUCUUCCUCUUGCAGGUGGUGCCGAAGAAUAUGGUACAGGAGCGAAAAGACUCAACUUCACCACCUCCUGAUAUCAAGAACCUCCCUUAUGUUGCAGACUUGAGCACCGUGAUCCCUAUAGGAAGCCAAAAACAAGCUGGUCUUUCUCUUGGACAGGUGGCUCUCAUUUUCCUUGUUGAUCUCAUGGUAGCUCCGGUCACACUUGCUUUGGAUGAUGUCGUCAAAUUGCUCCAUGUCGUUCUUAUCCUCUGGGAUCAUUAUACUACUACUGUGCAAGAGCAAGCGAGAGAGAUGCUAGUUCAUCUCAUUCACGAACUGGUCGCAGCAAAAUUGGAGGAAGAUUCCCCGCCUGGUGCUCGGCAGCUCUUCGAGGACUUUGUGGAAUCGAUUCGCAACAGCGAUUCUGCUGUUGUUUGGGAAUAUGAAGAAAAUUCCGGCAAGGAGGACGAAGCUGAAGAUCGCAAAGUGCCCUCGGCCAUGGCUACAGUGACUCGCGACGUAAUCAACUUCUUCAGUUUCGCCUACGAGGGAGUUGGUGAUCUCUGGGCUAAAGAAGCAUUGAAUUGGGCGACUUCAUGCCCUGUUAGACAUUUGGCAUGUCGUUCUUUCCAGAUUUUCCGCUGCAUCUCGACAUCUUUGGACUCACGCAUGCUGGCGGACAUGCUUGCUCGACUGUCGAACACCAUCGCAGACGAGGAAACCGACUAUCAGACCUUCUCCAUGGAAAUCCUCACCACUUUGAAGAUCAUCAUUAGUUCGUUGGCACCUGCAGACUUGUUACAUUAUCCCCAAUUAUUUUGGACUACGUGCGCCUGUCUGAACACGAUCCACGAGAGCGAGUUCAUGGAGAGUCUUGGCAUGCUGGAAAAGUUCCUUGAUCGAGUUGAUCUCGGCGACCCGACCGUGGAAGCCAAGCUCAUUGAAGGCCAGCCACCAAAGUGGGAGGGUGGGUUUGAUGGUCUCCAGGAUCUUGUGUUCAAGGGUCUGAAAUCAUCUGAGUCGUUGAGACGAACACUGGAUUUGCUUCACUCUCUGAGCAGCCUUCCUAACAACGGCCUCAUUGGAGAUGGGACUCGACAUCUGUUUACCAUUCUGGCCAACCUGCCCCUUUUCCUCCAAUGCUUUGAAGAAGGCUUCACCGACCAGAAGCCAAUCCAACACGCUAGCUUGCUUGCCCGCGUGGCGGAAAAUGAGCGAUGCCCACGACUCGCAGCAUCUUUGUUUGGUUUUGCAAACCAGCAGUAUAAGACUGAAGGUGUUUUCUUGGAUCACAUCAUUACAGAGAUCAAGUCAUACUAUUUCCCUCAUCUGGAUUUCCAGUGUCUGAUUUUCUUAAUGGGACUUCUAACCAACACCACGGACUGGUUCAGAAUCAAGACUAUGAAAAUCCUCUGUGUUUUGAUCCCCGAAGUGGACAUGCGCCGCAACGAGGUUACUUGUCACGGACCGGAUCUCAUCUCGCCAUUGCUGCGACUUCUGCAGACUACCCUCUGCCCCCAGGCCUUGGAGGUGCUUGAUCACAUCAUGACGGUUGCUGGCAACCCAAUGGAACGUCAUCAUCUGCGUAUGAGUAUGGCAUCUGCCACUUCAUCUCGCGCCAUUCGCAAGGAGUACGAGCGGAUUCAAAGUUUGUACGGCAUUCCCGAGCCCUCGGGUUGGUCCGUCCCCAUGCCCGCUACUCAGUCCGUCAUGACUCGGAACAACGUUCAUGCCGUAUUUUACACAUGUGCCGAAGCCGAUGAACUGAAUCAACAGGAUGACAUGACGCCCAGCGUGGAGUUCCGAGCAGAUGACUUCAACGACUCAUAUUUCCCCACGAGGGCCGACACCAUGAAGUCCAUUGAUACCCAGACAGACGAUAACAUGGGCAAUAUCGUACAGAAACUGGACAGCCUGGAUGACUUCUUCGAUGAGAGCAGUAUGCCAACACUCAAUCCAGUGGCCCCACCGAUGCUUGGAGGGUUCACCGGAAGCUACGUGGACACCAAUGCGCAUCUCUACGAUCAGCAGACAGCACCCAUCUUGCGGAAAUCUCUCGCCCGAACAGGCUCAACUUCAUCAUUCCACAAUGGUCUCGCAGAGUCACGACCAGCCAAUUUCCGAUUCGAUAGCCCAGGCAUGCCCUCCCCUGUUACGAUAAAUUCUCAAUUGUCGAAUCAGACCUUGAGGCCAGCAUCACAUGUCCGGUCCGUCACGUCGCCCGCCAACAAUCUGUUCGUCCACACACAGCCACCUGCAAUCCACGAAACACCAUUAGUUGGACAUGGCGACUCUGCGUUCUUCUCCGAUGACGAUAUAGAAGAAGCGCACUCGGACUUCGAUGAACACCCCAUUGGAAAGUCCCGAGCAGCGGCUGUUCCACCUAUGGUCCGCAGCGCAACUGACGGCCCCCAUUCUUUGGAGUCUAUGAUACGCAGCGGUAUGCGCCGCUUGACCGGCGGCACGGCCAACUCCCAAGAGAAGCAGAGACAACGAGACAUCCUCCGUGCCCAACACCGGGCCAUGGUGCAAACAGCCAGUUCCCCACGUGUACCGAAAGUACCCGAGGAGUACCUUGCCGGACCAACCAGUCACCCCGCCUCACCAAGAUAA